CCGUACUUCCAUUCUUGUUGGUACAUCCGACCACAGCCCCCAGAAAGAACCGAUCAGCCCAGCGAUGAGUUCGAUACUUGACAGGGAUAGCUUCCGGCCAUGAGAUUGACAAUCUCAACUACCAAUCAGCUUUGAGCGAAGAACCAAUGUGUGAGGGACCCAACCCCCUAUGGAACGAGCCCCCCUCCUGUGUUCUAAAGUCUACCGGUAAACCUCGCUUCACGGCGGUUGGUCGCUGUAACCUACCGGUUGCGUCCUUGUUUCUCGUCCGGGUUGUUUACGCAAGAGGCCGUUUCGGGCCGUUUUUCGCCUCAGAUACAGAACGAGGACGAAAGACAAGUUACCAACAGCCGGAUUAAUUUUUUAAAAGCAAUUUAUGAUUGACACGUUAGGUCAUAGAGAAGCUGGGACAGAACAGGUUACGGUGCAAGCUUUUGAGAUAAAGUGACCCUGGAAAAGGAAUAAUGGCAGCUUUGGAUACUAAAGCAAAAGCAAAAAAAACCCUGGGAACUGUUGAUUAUGUGGAGUCAUCAGAAUUUGCUCAUGGAAUUCUACCUACAAAGAAGGAUGUUAUUCAAAAUAUGUUAUAUCUCUUGCACCCAAAAAGGGCUGGGCAAGCCCAGCGAUCCAAAGAAGAUGCUGCCCAGUUGCUUGCUGAACUUCUGCAGGAACACUGGUUAUUUUGCAAUUUGUAUACCAUAGCAACACAUAGCAUAAAGAAUCAUAUACUUAAAGUAUAUGAAGAAUUUUCCAAGUUGUAUCAGUCCAGAAAGCGAAGAAAAAAUGAGCUGUUUACACAGAAGGCAGAUGACUUCAACAGGAGCUCAGAACAGCUUUUUGAUAUAUUUUGUACAGAUACAGUUACAAGAGAGAAAUUGGAACAAUACAGUGGUGUGAAGAUGACAGACAUUGAGUGGAAAUUUCUUGAAGAUCAAAGAAGUGAAAGAAAAAUGUACUUUGAGGACUUCAUGGACAAAAAGCAAAUGGAAACGUUAGAAAGAAGAAGAAAAGUACAGUCUCUGGAGCAUUUUAGGAAGAUUGCAGAAGAAGAGAGAGAAACUUGUAAGCAUAAAGGAAUGACUUCCGAUAGAGAUGAACAGCCAGAUGAAGAAGUCAGUGAUAGGAAUAAAGAUGACUCUUGUCUUGAACGCAGCAAGGGAGUUGGAGACUUUUCACAUAAGGCAAAAAGGAAGCGCCUAUCUUCUGGCUGGAUUACUGGGACUGCAACUUCAACUAGCUAUAGCGAGUCAGUUCCUCCUGAGUGUCAGCAUAUACGUAUGAGCAUCAGAAAAGUUAGACCAGGGUUCUAUGAGACUUUUGACAAAUAUGAAAACUGCUAACUUCACUUGUGAAUUGCUAGAGGAGGUUGCUUUCGUUGAAAAGUGUUUGGGGAGGUCUUAAAAUAACCUGAUCAAUUGGAAGUUGAUGUAGAUACUAUGUUGGGCUCCGUAAAUGUACAGCAACAACACCAAAGCAAUGACACCAGUAGAACAUGGCUUUUAGCUUACUGAGAAGGUUAAGAAGUGAUUUGUUUAGGCCUGUAUCAGUACCUUCACAAGGUAAAAGUGCUAGAUAUUAAAAUGCUAUAGUAUAGCAGAGGAAGGCAAAAGUACUAGCUUGGAAAUACACAUUAAUAAGUUACAUGAGGUUAAUUUAACCACAGAUCUCAGAUGGAUUCUCAAUCAUUUUCAGCCUUUGUAUUGGCUGGAUGUUUCUAAAAAAAAGCUUUACCCAGGUGUAGUAUAGAGGCCUGCUAAAGGAGAAAAUGCAGUUUCCUUUGCAAAACAGUCAUGUUGUCCAUUCCGGCCUCAGUGUCUCCAAGACUCGAAGACUUAUGUUCAACUAAAAAAUGGUAACUAAUCAGAGAAUGUUAUCUUGGACCUCUGUGACAUAAUGGAGGAUGUUUUUGAGGCUCAUAUUAGAGUGCUGACUCUAGGUGUUCCCAGUGGAGCACGCACACACCUCAGUAGUGAAAUUGUAAUUGGUCCUGUAAUCAAAAGUGCUCUAGUUUCCUACAGGGAAAAAAAACCCUUGAUAAAUUAUGUGUGGUCUUAAGAAACUGAGCAUCUAUAACUCACAAUUCCUUGACACUUGAAGGGGUUUGACACCUUUCAGGACUAGGUGUUUAUAGGAGGAAAGAAACUGAUUGCUUGGCCCAGCCUUGGAAAAUACCUAGUUUAUAAGAGACCUGUGCAGUUCUGAGAAUAUUGAUUUGUGUGGAAAGAAAGGGAAUUUAAGCAAUGGCUUUAGGUAUAAAUGUGGUGACAACUAUCUGUAAUUUUCUGCAUUUUUAGCAAUUAAAUAUCAUUGGUGGUGAGAA